GAUUUACUUGUUGCUCUUUUGUUGAAACAACCUUCUUUAUGUAUUUUGGUUUUUGUAAAAUCUAAAUAUGGAGCAGAUUCACUUGAUGAUUUCUUGUAUUUACAGAAUUUUCUAACCAUAAGUAUUCAUAGUGAUCGUACACAACAAGAACAUAAAUAUACGUUAAUAUCUUUCAACUAUGGGCUUGAUAUCAAAAAUAUAAUAUAUGUUAUUAAUAACUUCUGUGAUAAUAUUGAUGAAUAUGUUUAUCGUAUUGUAAGAACUGCACAUGUUGGGGAUCAAGAGUUGGCUACUACUUUUUACAAUAGAAUGUAA